AUCCAGCUUGAUUUGCCUUUGUCCCUCGAAUUCUGAAGGUGGAUAUUUCUCUGAAAAGCAGGGAUUGAGUCUGUUUCAUGUGUAUUUGUUUUGCAUGUUAAACAUUUGAGAAGGACAUAAUUAAAAAUAAAAGAUAAUUAGGAAACAAAUCUUUCACUCUUUGCACCAGCUGCCAUCCACGUAACUUCUGAGAACCCAGGAGUGCAGGUUCCUGAGCUGUUGGGCAGUGUAGCUGCUCAUAUUUAAGCCCAUGGAUAGCAGCAUUUUCAAGCAGGUGUGUGAGAAAGUCAGGUCCUGGAGAUCAGUAUCAAAGGAUUUCCUGGAGGAAAUAAAGAUACAUAUGAGCUUGACUUUCCAAGACUGAACCUACACAUAUCUAUUCUUAUGGGUCAUAUCAUCAUUAAUGAUGCAUGUUUCUACACUAAUUGCUUACAGUUCAGUAAGUAUUGGGUUUAAUUACUUCUAUUUUUACUUAAAGUGUUAAAUUGUGAGAUUUUUUUUUUGGAGGGGUUUUUUUCUAUUAAUUCUCCAAAAGGAAGACAUUUUCAGGUGUGUAUUUAUGUCAUCUGUGCAUGAUGAUAGAGGCAUAUAAUAUAUAAUCACAAAAGGAUUUAUUAAAUGCCAAAGCUAAGUAUUCACUGUUUUUAUCAAACUAAGCAUACUUUGGGUGAUGCAUGCUUUGGAAGCACAUACUAGGAAAUUUACUGAGCUGAUCUGUAUUUAUGUUCUGCUCAUAUUUGUUUGUUAUUAACAUCUUUGGAUGGUCUUACAUGAGUGUUAGAAUCCACAUAUACCACAGAUAUAAAUGUUGACAGGAUAUUUCACAGAUUUGAACAGGGAAUUUAGUAGUGUUUCACUGACAGCUUCCAGAAAUUUUUCUUCUCUCAUUUUUUCCCUUUUUUUUUUUUUUUUAAAGCUCCCCUGCCCCAGCUCUUCAUUCCCCUUUUACCCCUCUUCCCUUGGUGUGAGUUAUCUGAGAGAUCCUAAUUUUCCUGUAAGUCUUGUAUUCCAACUUGCAUCCCACCUUCCCUCCUUUGAACCCUGCUGCCUGCCCCAGUGCAGGAGGCUCCCAUGUUGUCUGUGUUGGAUAAGGUGGAUCUCCUGGAGAUGCUGUGGAUACUGGAGAUUUCCUGCCAGGAUAGGUGUCUUGCUGUGCUGUGUGGGAUGACCUUGCACUCAUAAAGUCUGUUACUGAUCCUGUUUCUGGCUGUGCCAGAAGGAACCAGAUGGCUGAGUCUUCUACACAAGACUUGGUAGACACCUUUCAGGUCAAAAUAGGGUAUAAAUGUUAGUGGUAAAUGUCAGCCCUGCAGAGAGUGAGUUUCAGAAGCCCUUUGUCUUUGAUGAUGGGUUUUUCUGAUUGCUCAGUUGUCCUCAGUGUGGGAUUGUGUGACUGUUCUUGCCAAGGCCUGUUUGGCCUCCAGAGAGAAAUUAAACUGAAAAGUACAAAUAAAAGACCUAGAAAGAAGACACCAGGGGACCUGCCACACCACUGGCCUGCCUUCUUCAUGCACAAAACAGCAAAAUGCUCCUGAAAUAUUUCCAUCCGGGAGGCAAUCAUUUGUUCUCUGGGGUGUCUUGAGGGCUGCUGGUGUGGAGGUGGGAGUGGAGCAAGGGCUUUUGUGUCCAUCAGGGAGGGAGAGAAGGGUUGUCAGUGUGGAAAGGUAAAGGCACAGUGCAGGUCAUGUGCUGUGAUGGGUACCAGAGGUCUUGCGGGGGGUUAUGUCUGAGAGUGCUCCCAAAAUUCCAUGGAGCUUGGGAAAUGCAGGGGGGCCUCUGCAGUGAGAGGCUGCCCUUCAGCCUGCAGAUCUGAAUAUGUUUGUUUUCCUUUUAUUUGCCAAAUGUUCCUGACCCAUGUUCUGUUGUGCAGAAUUUGACUUUACACAUAUGAUUUCUUUUUCAUUCCAUUGUCCUUUUUAUGUCUCUUUGCUAGAAGCUAGAAAUCUUCCUAGUUACCAGCUUGUCUGAGGGAGUUCUCCCAGAGCAUUUUUGCAUUUUAAAAUCAUGAAAUAAACUGACACAGAGUGGGGUGUAUACCAGGACAGUGAGGGGAGGCUUUCCCCCAGCAGUGUGGGUGGCCUUGCUCAGCAGCACCAGUGACUCCUGACCUGCCCCAUCACGUUGGCUCACUAUCAUAGGCCAACAUGGGAUGCUCUUCUGCCAGGAAGACCAUGCUGUGGCUGGACCCUUGGAGUGAGCCCACUCCCUGCUGCCACUGGCCGUCAUGAGCCCAAAGAAGUAUCCAUCCCCUUCUUUAGACUGCAACAGAAGCCAACUUAGGCACAUAGUGACAAAUCUGCAGCUAAAUCCCAGAUCCUUCUUUCCUCUGUAUAUACUUGUUUCAUCAAGUGAUUCUUCCCUUGAAAAUAGGUUUUAUCCUAGGUUAGGCACAGAGUAAGUUGAGCUCUGCCUAUUUACUUGCUUUCAAAAAUAAAUGGUAACACAUUUAGCCUGCUUUCCCUCUUAAUGUCAGUGUAAACUGACCACCCACAAUGAGAGGUGUGUGUAUGCCAUGUGGUGAGAUGUGAGGUAGGCAAAAGUGGUGACUUGCUUUAGGGUUUGACCCAGAGUGGCUUUUCAUACUCUGGAGCUUCUGCACAACUACAUAUGUCUAUAUCUAUAUCUAUGUACAUAUAUAUACAUAAAUAUAUAUACAUGGACCGUGGGAUGAGGAAACACAAGGUCUUUGCAGCCAGAUUGUCUCCUGGGUGAUACUUUGGGGUUGCUACAUCAUGGAAGGAGGGAAAACACAGAGAGAGAAACUGCAUGAGGUGAGGUGUCUGGUGGACCCAACACCAUCAGUGUACCUGAAAAUAAAAGCUCAUGACUUAACUUCCUCUGAGUGGAGGAAGCUGUGUGGAAGAGGGCACAGCAGGUCAGCACCAUGGUGCCAGUGCAACGGGGGAUACAGGGAGACCACAACACCCUUAUUUAUGUUUUUCUUGGCUCUGCAAGCACCAUUUCUUCCUUAGCUCUACAGCUGCUAAAAGUAACCAUGCUAUACACUAGCAGUAAACUGUUAAACUUGCACUGGUCACUCCAACAUGGAGUGCCAAAAGUGCUGCUUGUUGCACAUUUAAAGCUUAUGUUCUCCAGGUUUCUUUUUGGUGGCUGAAGUUGGACAGGUAAUCCCGAUUAAAGCAUUUGCUCUUUCUUGGAGCAGUGAUUUCUUGAAGGAGGGCCAGCUAUAACCCAGGCAAGAUUGAAAAAUGCCCAUAUCUGAGGUGAGUAGUCUCCCUGAGGGCUUAAGCUAUGGACUUGUGAGUUAUUUCUGGAGGUCAUUUGAUGAGCAGAACUUGUCCCAGGGAUGGGAUGGGUGAAGGUGAAGUGUCAAAGCUAUUUCUGCAGAUCACCUCCUCUCAUGAGACCUCUGAGCAACUCUUACUGCAGGGCCAGAAGAGGAAGCAAAGCAGUGAUGCUGCUAACCCUUUUAAAUGUGUUAUUUUAAUGAGUCUGACAGAUGCAUGUCAAGCCUAUGUUUACUUCUCUGCUGUGUGAGGUACAAUGUUAAAAGAAAGCAAUGGAAAAUGUAUGGGAGCCACAGCUCAGUGCUCAGACAGCUCUUAGGCUCUUUUUAAUGCAUGGGGCAAUUAAAACACAGUCAUUAGGCUGGGAUACUUGAUGGGAAGCAUGUUUGGGUGUGUGCAUGUGUGCCUUUCAAUUUAGGGAGAUAAAAAAGAAAAAUGUGUGUCAAAGCAAGAGCUAGACUCCUGACUAGGCUGGGGAUGUGUGCACAAACCAUCAGCUGUGUACACUGUGAAGCACCUUUGUAGGUGAAGUCAUGGUGGAAAUCAAAGCAGGCUGAAAAUAAAACUGGUGGGGAAGUUGCCAUAAAGCCCCUUAAAGUAGUGCCUCUGUUUUAGACAUGCUGCCUCCUACAAAUUAGACAGAAGAAAAGCAAUGCACUCAGGAAAUGUGAGGUGCUACUGAUUUUCUUAGAACAAGAGGAAUGGUACCAACAGGUAUUUAAAUGUUGCAGAGCUUUAACACUCUGAGUUGAUACAUAUUUAUUUUUGCUUUAAUCUGCUUGUCUUUCUUCUCCCUUUGUUUCUUUACCACUUAUUUUUUGUUUCAGACUUGUCUUGUUGAGUUCUCCCAGCACAUGUUUUUAGCAGUCCAAAAAUCAUGAAACCUGUGGAAAAGGCAAACAAAGAGCAAGGAUUCACCAUUUCUCACCAUAGAGGAGCUGUGGCUGAAGCAGUCAAGGAAGGCUGAAUUUUUUUGCAUUACACUUAACUCAGUGCAAGUCACUGUCAUGUACUGUGCAGAUGCCACAAGGUGUGUUUAUACUGCUGUUGAAGAAAAUCCAGUUCUCCUCCAGUGGUGCCAUGAGCUGAACCAAUGUCUCUGGAGCGGACUGAGUGAUUAUGGUCAUCCUCCUGUCCUUGCUGGAGUGUUUGAGGAGGAGUCAGUGAGGGAGAAGUCAGUCUGGCCUUUCUGGUCACAACCUGACCUGAGAGGAUUCAGCAGUCCAGGGAUGCAAAGGAUGCUGCCCAGCCCUGAAAAGCCUCAUGUCUCCUGUGAAUGACUCACACCAACCAUCUGAUAUGCGAGCUGGCUCUUCCAAAAGUGAAGUAAUGCGUAGAAAUCCAUUUGGGAUGGACAUUUGCUGUCGGAAAGGAUCCAGAAGCCCUCUCCAGGAACUGUAUAAUCCCACCCAGCUGUCCAACACAGCAAUUCUCCAUCAGAUCCGACGGGACCAAGUGACAGACACGUGCCGGGCAAACAGCGCGUCCAGCCGGAAGCGCCGCGUGCUGACACCCAACGAUCUCAAGCACCUGGUCGUGGAUGAGGAUCAUGAAAUGAUCUAUUGCUAUGUUCCCAAAGUGGCCUGCACAAACUGGAAGAGAGUCAUGAUGGUUUUGACGGGAAGAGGCAAGUACAGCGAUCCCAUGGAAAUACCAGCCAACGAAGCCCACGUGUCUUCAAACCUGAAGACCCUCAACCAGUACAGCAUCCCAGAGAUCAACCACCGCUUGAAAAACUACAUGAAGUUCCUCUUUGUGCGCGAGCCUUUCGAGAGGCUGGUGUCAGCCUACAGGAACAAGUUCACCCAGAAGUACAACACUUCCUUCCACAAGCGGUACGGCACCAAAAUCGUGCGGCGCCAGAGGAAGAACGCAACCCAGGAAGCUCUGCGGAAAGGGGACGACGUGAAAUUCGAAGAGUUCGUGGCUUAUCUCAUCGACCCACACACCCAAAGAGAAGAGCCCUUCAACGAGCACUGGCAGACUGUGUACUCCCUCUGCCACCCUUGCCACAUCCACUACGACCUCAUAGGAAAGUACGAAACGCUCGAAGAGGAUUCGAAUUACGUUCUCCAGCUGGCGGGAGUAGGCAGCUACCUGAAAUUCCCCACCUAUGCAAAGUCUACGAGAACUACUGACGAAAUGACCACAGAGUUCUUCCAGAACAUCAGCUCCUUGCACCAAACGCAGCUGUAUGAAGUCUACAAACUUGAUUUUUUAAUGUUUAAUUACUCAGUGCCAAGCUACCUGAAAUUGGAAUGAGGGAUGGGUUGGGGGGAAAGAGGGGAGAGAAAGCCUGUUUUAUUUAAGAUUUUUAUUUGUCAUAAUAAAUAUGGAGAAUGGGUUAUUUUGUAAAUUAAUAUUUUCUUUUUUUGAAUGAUGCUGCGAGCAGCACAGUCAAAAUUAUUUAAAUCAACUGUAAGAAAGGACAGCUCUCUUUGCAGGGUAACGGGAUUGUGACGAUCUAGCUGUAGAAAUGAAUUAUACUGCUACACUGUUUAAACAAAUGUUAAUUGUGUUCUGGUGAAUUUCAUUGAUCUUGCAUUCCUCCAGUUCUAAUUAAUGUUAUUUAUACUUAUUUAAAACAUUGUCUCUUGGUAGGUUUCACUUCAGCAGCAGAGAUAGGAUAACAUGUGGACAAAAGGAGUCUGGUUUUGUGCUUUCCUCACCUGAGCUUGUUCUGGGUAAUAAUAUUCUUCCAUUAGCCAUUGAUGCAGACAAAUAUGGGAAUGGUUCUGAAAACCACAUGCUUUGAGAAGAGUGGUGAAAAUAAGUUCUUUAGAAAGUGAUGUUGCACUCAAUAGCAGUACAAAAUCUAUCUUUCUAGGCCUGAAAAGGAAAAGUAACUCAGAUUUGGGUAGAUUCAUGAUAUUUAAAACCCAUGACUGAAAGAAAUGUGAAUGUAUUCCUUAGGAAGAGAAACCAUGAACCUUUUGUAAGUCUUAAUGAGUUUAUGGACAAUAUGACCAACCCCAUUGUAUCUUAAUUUGAAGCCUCCUAGCCCAAAUGAAUUGAGGAUGGUCCAUCAGAAAAGAAUCAGAAUUUGGAAAGUGACUGCAUGAGAUUUUUUGAAUGCCCAAAGCAAUUGAUAUUGACUAAUUCAUAUCCAGGAUGGAGCUGUGGGGACCUCCAUCCUCUUCAAGUCAUGCCUCCCUAAUUGAUCCUAAGAUGGGCAACCAGAACUGUCUGGAGAUGAUACAUUGCUUUAAACAAUCUGAGUAUGUAAUUUGAAAAUUCAAAAAGUCAUCUUCAUGUUGAUUCUCUAAGUAUGCAAGGCAAUAAAAAGGGUCUCAUCUUCCUA